AUGAAGGAGGAACUCAAGGAGUUCGAGAAGAAGGUGUCUCAUUCACAGAUCGAAAUCGAUCGUGUUGACCGAUUGGAGGACCAGGUCAAGACAAUCGCAGCACGGCCGGAAGUGACAACUGAACGAAGUAGCACUUCUAGUGACUUCCAAAUCAAUGACUUGGUGCAGUCCAAUAGGAUGAUGUUAUUGCGGUUGUCUGCUCUGGAGGAGACAAAUGAAAGACUAGUGCGUAAGAUUGUGGAACUGGAGAGGAAGUGA